CAAACACCUAAUCAAUAAUAAUGGAACCUUGCAAGCAAGUUGCAUAAAUCUGUGGUUGAAAAUACGCCUACGUACGUGAAUGUUUGCUCACAAUUAUUGAACACCUACUUGCUGAGUUCCUACUACCAUUGCUUUUAUUCUCAAAGGUCUCCAGCUUGGUUCAGCACUCACUCUUUCUAAACUAAUUUCUCAUCAUCUUAUCAUUUCACUUUCAACUCUUUAAUUUGUUUUCACAAAAACAAUGGCUGACGCUUUGCUUGGAGUUGUGUUUGAAAAUUUGACGUCUCUCCUUCAAAAUGAAUUUUCAACCAUUUCUGGAAUUAAGUCAAAGGCUCAAAAGCUAUCAGACAACUUAGUUCGCAUCAAGGCUGUUCUUGAAGAUGCUGAGAAGAAACAAUUCAAAGAACUCUCUAUUAAGCUAUGGUUACAAGACCUCAAAGAUGCUGUUUAUGUGCUCGAUGAUAUCCUUGAUGAGUACUCGAUUAAGUCUUGUCGACUGAGAGGAUGUACCUCUUUCAAACCAAAGAACAUCAUGUUUCGCCAUGAGAUUGGUAACAGGUUAAAAGAGAUUACAAGGAGGUUAGAUGAUAUUGCUGAAAGUAAGAACAAGUUUUCUCUACAGAUGGGUGGAACUCUUAGGGAAAUCCCAGAUCAAGUAGCUGAAGGGCGCCAAACCGGCUCCAUUAUUGCUGAACCAAAAGUGUUUGGACGAGAAGUUGAUAAAGAAAAGAUUGCUGAGUUUCUUCUCACCCAAGCAAGGGACUCUGACUUCCUUUCCGUCUAUCCCAUAGUUGGUUUAGGUGGUGUUGGAAAAACAACUCUUGUUCAAUUGGUCUACAAUGAUGUUAGGGUGAGUGACAAUUUUGAAAAAAAAAUUUGGGUUUGUGUUUCUGAGACUUUCUCGGUAAAGAGGAUUUUGUGUUCUAUUAUAGAAUCUAUCACAUUAGAGAAGUGUCCUGACUUUGAGUAUGCUGUAAUGGAAAGAAAGGUGCAAGGAUUGUUGCAAGGGAAAAGAUAUUUGUUGGUUUUGGAUGAUGUAUGGAAUCAAAAUGAACAAUUGGAAUCAGGGUUAACACGAGAGAAAUGGAACAAAUUGAAACCUGUGUUGUCUUGUGGAUCCAAAGGUAGUUCCAUUUUAUUGUCCACCCGUGAUGAAGUUGUUGCAACAAUCACAGGAACAUGCCAAACUCAUCAUCGUUUGUCUUCUCUCUCUGAUAGUGAAUGUUGGCUGUUGUUCGAACAAUAUGCAUUUGGACAUUACAAAGAAGAGCGUGCUGAUCUCGUGGCAAUAGGAAAGGAGAUAGUAAAGAAAUGUAAUGGAUUGCCUCUUGCAGCAAAAGCAUUGGGAAGUUUAAUGAACUCAAGGAAAGAUGAAAAGGAAUGGCUUAAAAUUAAAGAUAGUGAACUUUGGGAUUUAUCAGAUGAAAAUUCCAUUUUGCCUGCUUUGAGGUUGAGUUACUUUUAUUUACCGGCAGCCCUAAAACAAUGUUUCUCUUUUUGUGCUAUAUUUCCCAAAGAUGCAGAAAUCCUAAAGGAAAAAUUGAUUUGGCUUUGGAUGGCUAAUGGAUUGAUUUCAUCUAGGGGUAAUAUGGAGGUUGAAGAUGUUGGCAUCAUGGUUUGGGAUGAAUUGUAUCAAAAAUCAUUCUUUCAAGAUAGAAAAAUGGAUGAAUUUUCUGGCGACAUUUCAUUCAAGAUUCAUGAUCUUGUCCAUGAUCUUGCUCAAUCAGUAAUGGGGCAAGAAUGUAUGUAUUUGGAGAAUGCAAACUUGACUAGUUUGUCGAAAAGCACACACCAUAUUAGUUUUGACAAUAACGACUCGUUAUCCUUCGACAAGGAUGCUUUCAAAAUAGUUGAAUCCUUGCGAACAUGGUUUGAGUUGUGUAGUAUUUUGUCAAAAGAAAAACAUGAUUACUUCCCAACAAACCUUUCUCUUCGGGUUUUACGCACAUCCUUUAUCCAGAUGCCAUCACUAGGGAGUUUAAUUCAUUUAAGGUAUUUGGAACUUCGUUCUCUUGAUAUAAAAAAGUUGCCUAACUCAAUUUACAACUUACAAAAACUGGAAAUCUUGAAAAUAAAACGCUGUCGUAAACUGAGUUGUCUCCCAAAACGCUUGGCUUGCUUACAAAAUCUUAGACAUAUAGUCAUUGACAGAUGUAAAUCUUUGUCUCUCAUGUUUCCUAACAUUGGAAAAUUAACUUGUCUAAGAACAUUAAGUGUGUACAUUGUUAGUUUAGAGAAAGGGAAUAGCUUGACAGAGUUACGUGAUCUAAACCUCGGUGGAAAACUGAGUAUCAAAGGAUUAAACAAUGUUGGCAGUUUAUCUGAAGCUGAAGCGGCUAAUUUGAUGGGUAAAAAAGACCUUCAUGAAUUAUGCUUGUCAUGGGUAUACAAGGAGGAAUCUACGGUUAGUGCUGAGCAAGUACUUGAAGUGCUUCAACCUCACUCAAAUCUCAAAUGCUUGACAAUAAAUUACUAUGAAGGAUUAUCGUUACCAAGUUGGAUAAUUAUUCUUAGUAAUUUAAUUUCUCUUGAACUUGAGAUUUGCAACAAAAUUGUGCGGCUUCCGUUACUUGGUAAACUACCAUCUCUAAAAAAACUAAGAUUAUAUGGUAUGAAUAAUCUGAAAUACUUGGAUGAUGAUGAAUCUGAGUAUGGUAUGGAGGUGAGCGUUUUCCCAUCUCUAGAGGAACUCAACUUAAAAUCCCUACCAAACAUAGAGGGAUUAUUGAAAGUGGAAAGAGGGGAGAUGUUUCCUUGUCUUUCUAAGUUGGAUAUCUGGGAUUGCCCUGAACUUGGACUGCCAUGUCUUCCAUCUCUUAAAUCCCUCCAUUUAUGGGAAUGUAACAAUGAGUUACUGAGGUCAAUCUCUACCUUCCGUGGUCUUACUCAGCUUACCCUAAAUAGUGGUGAAGGAAUAACAUCCUUACCAGAGGAGAUGUUCAAAAACCUUACUUCUCUUCAAUCUCUGUGUAUCAAUUGUUGUAAUGAGUUGGAGUCCUUACCAGAGCAAAACUGGGAAGGUCUUCAAUCCCUUCGAGCUCUACAGAUUUGGGGUUGUAGAGGAUUGCGAUGCUUGCCGGAGGGUAUUCGACACCUCACUUCUCUUGAGCUUCUUGAUAUCAUUGAUUGCCCAACAUUAGAGGAACGAUGCAAAGAGGGAACAUGGGAGGAUUGGGACAAGAUAGCUCAUAUUCCAAAAAUACUGUUUACAGAGGAUUAAGAAGCAGAGACGUUUACCCUUAUCUGCCUCAAUCACAAUCGCAAAAUUCAAUUUUACUGAAUGAGCACCAGAAUCUUUAUACAUGAAAGAUAUUUCACUGCUCAACUAAAGUUACAAAUGUUCUAAUUCAGGAUUGCCUUCAACACACAAGACAAAUAACGGGAUUAAUGGAACAAACAUACCCAAUGACGAAGACGAAGUCUUUUAGAGUGGAGGAAGCGACAAUGGGUCCAGUAGUGGUAUCGAGGAUUGCGAUUUUGAUAAUCAAGAACAAAGAUCAUGGCAAAAGAUACAAUUACUUUGUUGGGUCAUUUUAGGUUGGAAAAAGGCUCGUGUUUUUGGGAUCUAUGAUAGCUUGUAAAAUAGCAGCAAUUGUUCCUGAUAGAGUUCUCUCCCUGACAGGAGAUUUUCAAUGUUUUCCAGAGGAAUCACUUGCUUUCUCUGUUUUUGUAUGGAAUAUGUCUACGAGUAAAAUUAUUGUGAGAAUUGGGCCAUAUCUUUAGAAUUGAUGCUGAGCUUGUUAAUGCAACAAAUCAAAAUUCUUGGUUCAAGCUAUUAGCCAGAUAUGUUGUGGAAUGCUGCUGAAUCACAGCCAUGUUUGUGUCGGACAAUGUUAUUGAUCAAGUUGUGUUGUGUCCACUGCUUUUCCUGAAAGCAAGAGGAUGCUUCAGCUGAACCACAGAAACUAUAAAAGGUGAUGAUUUUGGAUGAUAUGAAAUAGCUGAGACAUUUUUUAAGAGACUUGAUUUAUGUGAACCUUGUGAUUUUGUCUCAGACGAAAUCGAUUAAAAUUGUCAACCUUAUGGGUCAGAUUAUUGUUAUCGCAUCUCCACUUCCGUUGAUGCUGGUGAUGGUCCUUCAUUUAUGAAAUAGCCCUUUCAUGUAUAAUAUAUUUAUGAAAGAGUCGGAGUUUCAUGUUUGAUCAGGGGAAACACCAAUAUUAGGAAUGAAGUUUGCUGCUGAAGAUAUCAAUUUCCUUUAACUGAUAGCUCUUUGCUGGUUAUGGUUAAUUUCAAGGCAAGGGACUGAAUGUAUUUUGGCCUGAAAAAUCAAUCUCCAAAGAAGGCAGUGAACAAUGGUGAUCCAUCCAACACAUGAGGUUGAAAAGAGUUAUAUAUAGCUUCUCCUAAGCCUCAGGAGGUUGUCCUUGAUUUUACAAUAUCUACUAAAUGGAAGGGGGUAGAGAAGUAUAUACCAUUGAUGUAACCAUCCACUAAGCAAUACACACAACCACAAAGGACUUGAGGAGUUAAUGAAUAGUCCGGUGCAACAGUCGUGCGAAAAAAAGCAACAGAUGAAGUCUCAACAAACUUGAGUUCAUUAUCAUCAGUACACAUGAAUGAUCCUUAGAAGGGACUUCAGCUUGAGGAUAUAUAAUAUUGAUUACCUUCACAAAUUAGCUUCCACUGAAUAUAUUUAAGAACUCAUCCUUGUUUUAUUUCAAAUUCUUGUUUCUUAUCUGUUCAGUAAGUGAACUUGUUAUAAAUAUCCCUGUGUCUGGGGAGUUUGUUUAUAAUAUUUCAUGAUAAGAACUAGGAUUCGAUAAAAAAAAGAAAGAAAAAAAAAGUUCAUGAUUGGUAAA